CUUUUUCUUCUUCGCUUCGCUUCUCUUCUCUUCAACAAUGAUGAUGAAUGGUGGUGGUGGUGGGUUGCUGCUGACACGGUGUGCACGGCAGUGGCGUGCUGUGAGACAUGUUGCUAGUGUCGCUUGCACGAUGCGCGGUGCUGCACAAGGUAGUAGCUGCGUCAAUCAUAGGCUAUCUGGUGGGACAGCCACACCGCGGUGGCGAGCGGUGUUGACGUGUGCGCGGCAUGCGUCGUCGUCGUCAUCGGUGGGGGACUCUGGUGGAGAUGUGGACACACAGACGCUGUUUGUGUCCACGCGGCAGGAAGUGGUGGACGCGUUGAGUGAGUGCAGCGACAUGAUCCUGGACCAGCCCGCCUUUAUCGCAUCCGUGCAGUACUUUGACCCAGAGGAGGCGCUACAGCACGUGACCCAAGACAACGAGGACAGCAACGGCGACAGCAACCGCGUGCCCCUCGGCUACAGCGCAGAGGCCCUGGCAGCGGCAGGGGCAGAGGCACAGCAGGAUGCACAGCAGGAUACAGCGGCGUCGCCAGGAGCAGCGGCGUCGUCGGUGAACCGUGGGUGGCACCUGAGCGAGGACGGCCCGCUCACGCGCUUUAUUGUUGGGGUUGCACAGCAGAAGGUGGCGGACGACGAUGGCUCGCAUCACACUGCCGUGGAGGAAGUCCUUGAUGUCGUCCUGCCUGCGUUUGCUGGUGAGACGCUGCUUGAGCAACAGCUGCGACAGCACGGCACCCUGGGCGUGUGGCGCGGGGAGGUGGAUGCGCUUGGCCUGAGCAGCUGGCAGUAUGGGUUUGUCAAGCACCACACCCUCGCCUUCUUCAACACGCGUGGGGUCUUGGCCGAGGUCGGCCAGCACGCCGGCGAGCCUGUCCUCUUCCUCAACCCACAGCAGCAGCAGCAGGAGCAACAGGAGGAGGAAGGGCAGCAGCAGCAGCAGCAGCAGCAGCCGGUGUCUGUGCUACCACUUGCUGACAUUGCUGAUGUCAGAGUGCGUCUCGCGGAAGAGGCCAAGACGCUCGCCGUCUUUACAGCAGACCAGCAGGAGAUUCCCAUCCUGCGUGACGACGCUGUGGAUGACAUUGACGCGACAGAUGAGGGGCAGGUCAUGAUUGCCUCGGAGUGGAUGGUGAAAGCUGCGGGCUCUCUCGUGGCGCUGCUUCGCCAGUAUGGCCACACCGCGCAGCUGCGCCUCCCUCGUGUCCUCCUCCAAGAACACAAUGCGCGUGUUGCAGCCCGGAACAAAGGCUGGAAGGACGCUCUCAAAGCUCCAACAACCCACAAGUAGCAGUGCAGCAGGAAUCACAGACACAGACACACACACACACACACACACACAC